CGUGCUUCCUGUUUCCAGCUGCACGUUCUGUGUGUAGCUCGCUAGUCCAGUGCUGCUCCGUCUCAAUUCUGAAGCAAUUUUCACAUUUUAAAAAUGCCGAAAACCAAACAGUCGAAGAGAAGAAAGCGGUUCGACUACAACACGGACCGGAAGAAGCUGAAGAAGAAGUUUUUGAAGAAGGCCAACCCGAGGAUUGAACAUGCUCAGAUCAGGAAUGCCUGGGACAACAACAAAUCAAUGGCCAGGAACCUGCAGGAGAUGGGUCUGUCGUUUGAUCCCAACCGGACUGUGCCCAUAAAGAAACAGACACUCCUCAGAGGAGACACCGAUGACAGAGGACCUGCCCCCAUCGUCACCAAACCUUACAUUCUCACCAAGCUGCAGGAGGAGGCCAGCCUUCAGGAGAAGGACUCCAAGACGUUGUCGUCUGACCUGAUCGAGUACGUCCAGCACAUGAUCCGAGAACAUAAGGACAACUACAAGGCGAUGGCUCGAGAUGAGAAGAACUACUACCAGGACACACCCAAACAGAUCAAGAGAAAAAUCAACGAGUACAAGCGCUGCCACCCGCAGCUCUACCAAGCCUUUGUCAGCUCGCUCGCUGCUCCGGAGCCCAUGGAUCAGUAGAGCCAUCAGGUCUGGGACUGAACACCAGAGCCACACAGCCUGCUGUUUGUUGGAAAAACUGAUGAACAAGCAGAGACUCUGUGUUUAUGCUUUCUCUGUUUGUAGUUUUUCUAUUUUGUUCUUGCUUCUUAAAAACUGCUUUUUAAUUUAUCAUAAACGGCUCAAAACCCAUUGGCUCGUCAACAUGAGUAUCUACAUUUUCAGUUGUGGUUUGGUCAUUACAAUAUUUUCAGGAAACCAAACCUUGAAGGAACCAACAAUGAACCAAAAACAACUAAGAGCGGAAAAACAUCUUUACUGCCACUUGAGAUCAACUUAGAUUGUUUCCAGAUGUGUUAGUCUGGUAGAGUCGGUUCAAUUGGGGACCAAAAUGACAACGUGUUACAUUUUCAUCUGAUACCUCCUCACCUGUGGUGGCGCUGCACCAAGAACCACAGAUGGAAACCACUUGGCGUUCACAUAUGUAUUCGAACCACACCAGAGUUCACUGCAACGGAACCGACACCGAGGUUUUUAUGCGUACUAGAGUUACCUUUUUUGGGUACGCAUCACUGUUCGAUUAUGUAUUCACAUCUUCCCAAGAGAACCGGAUUUUCUAGGCACACCAACCAGAAUUCAAUUAAAUCAAAACAGGGCUGGUGUGAAUGCAGCCUAAAACUCACAACUAUAGGUUGAUGAAAUAGAUAGAUAGAUACUCUGGAUCUCUGUUUGCUCACUGCCAAACUCCCCGCCACCAGCGAAGGACCUCAUACCGUCAUUGGUUUUGGCUUCAUAAAGCCUUCACACAAACGGGAAGAAAAGUUGUUUAUUGAUGUUUAUUGACUCGGGUCCAGAUGUUGGACCUGAGUCCUGGGUGACAACCCAAAACAUAUCACCAAGGCAACAAAGACAGAAGUUGAUGGAGUGACCAUUUCCUCAGUCAAGACUUAAGCUUUAAAAGAAACCUGGAGGAUUACCAACAUUUCUAUAGGUGAAAGAGUUUAAACUUCCUCCAGAGAUCUAAGUCAUGUUUUGAUUUAUUGGUCAAUUUCAUUAAUGUUGUGAAUAAAUGUUUUACUUUUAUCUAA